AUGAUACUGCAGCUUUCCGUCCUUCCUGCGUUUCCGUUGAUCCUUUGGAGACUCCCUUGUUACUCCGACGAACCCACGAACCCUUUCCACUUCAACUUCCUGCUACUCCACCUUGAGCUAAAACCUCUGCCUCGCAUCUAUGCUCACAGCUUCUGUCCAGGAUUUGGUUAUUGGGCUGGAAGUGAAUUUGGGCCCAUAUGCUCACAAGACAUAAGCGGCGGCGGCGAAACGUCGAGGAAGAAGCUCCGGUUAUCUAAGGACCAAUCUGCUUUUCUUGAAGAUACUUUCAAAGAACACAACACUCUCAAUCCCAAGCAGAAGGUAGCUCUGGCCAAGAAAUUGAACAUGACCGCAAGACAAGUGGAAGUGUGGUUUCAGAACAGAAGAGCAAGAACAAAAUUAAAGCAAACGGAGGUGGACUGUGAAUACUUGAAACGAUGCGUAGAGAAACUAACGGAGGAGAAUCGUCGACUUCAGAAAGAGGCUAUGGAGCUUCGAACUCUCAAGCUCUCUCCACAGUUUUACGGCCAAAUGACUCCACCAACUACACUCAUCAUGUGUCCGUCCUGUGAGCGUGUGGCUGGGCCCUCAUCAAACCAUCACCAAACUCACCGGCCCGUUGCGAUCAACCCAUGGGUUGCUCGUGCUGGUCAAGUGGCUCAUGGGUUGGAUUUUGAAGCCUUGCGCCCACGAUCGUGAGAGGAAGGCUAUUUAGAUUUUGGUUGUAGCGAUGCUUGGAAUUAAUGUGGCUGUGUGGGGUCUCAUUGUAGUUUUGGAUCAUUGGCCUACCUAAGUUAUAUGUCAAGUAUGAUGUGACAUUCAGAUAUUUAAUGUAGCAAAUAUUUAGUUACAAAUUACAAUGCUAAGUUGCUAAUGCUAACCAAUUAUGUAACUUUGAAGUUUAAAAAAAAAACUCUUUUUUAAAUA